GGCUGCCGGUAGCGGGGCGGCGGUGGCGGGGUCCGCACCAUGGGCUGCGGCUGCUGGCGGCUGCUGGGCGUCCUCUGCCCGCUGCUCCUGCACCUUGCUACGAGCCAGGAGCCCAUCAGCAUGGCGGGGAAGUGUGACACCAUCUACCAGGGCUUUGCUGGCUGCCUCAUCAGCCUGGGGGACAGCAUGGCCCAGAGUGUGCGGCAGCAGCGGGAGGAGGGCAGCGAGGAGGUGCAGGAGCUGGACACCAUCUGCAAAUCCUGGGACGACUUCCACACCUGUGCCAGCGAGGUGCUGUCGAGCUGCCCUGAGGAAGCGGCCGCCAUCUGGGAAUCACUGCGCCAGGAGUCCCGCAAGAUCCAGUUCCAGGGGAACCUGCAGGAGCUGUGCAGCGCUCGGGGACGCCUGGCCAGCACCCGCGGCUCCCCGGCCUCCAAGACCAACCAGGCCACGCUGCAGGGCUCGGCCACCCCACCGCGCCCCCAUCUCCUGGCCCUGCUGGUCCUGCCACUGCUGGUGCCCCAGCUCUAGCCCUGCCUGCCCCUGGGGUGCCCAGCUGAUGCCCCGGGGCAGUCCCCUGGUGCUGGCUGGGCACUGACAUCCACGGUCCCUGCCAAGCCCAGCUCCCCCCCAGCCACCCCUUGUGGGGCACGGUCCUCUCUUGCAGCCCUUCAGAUGGAUUUAUAUUUAUAUUAAAAGACACUUUUACAUUUCUCCUGA